CGCUAAUAAUAUUUUUCAGUAAAACAUUGUGUUAAAUAUCUCCCGAAAUUAUGUCGUCAAAUUGUGUAAAAAAUCUACCUCCAUUUCAAAGAAUAUCUUCAAUCAAACGGAAACGUAAUCAAACAAUAAAUUCACUCAAAGGAUUACGUAAACAUACUAGAGAUAGGGUACAUUUAAAAACAUCACAAAAUAAUCGUCAUUUAAAACCACAUCAGAUAGAAUGUGAACGACUCAAAGAAAUUUUGCCGACUGUUGCGAACUGUGAAAAAUUAGAUGAAGUGAAAAUUAUUCAAGAAGCAAUUAAACAUAUAAAUCAUCUGGAACAGGCUGUACUUCAGCGAUUAAAUAUUGUGAAUACACAAACAACAAUAGAAAACAGUAAGUUUUAUUUCGAUUAUUUAAUUCAUUGGAAUAUUGAUUAUCUAAAUAUUUCUUUAUUAAACACUCAGAUAUUAGAGGAUUUAUAAAUGUCAAAAAAGGCGAAUGAAGCCAGGCGGCAUAGAUUACCACUCCUUACUAGGUCGAAUCAACUACCAAGUAUUAGUUGUACUUCCACUGCCAACCAGGCGCCGUGAUGGCGUAGUCGCGGUUUAGUAAAAGGUGAACUUCCAUCCCAGUGUGAGUAUCUUGCAAUGACUGUGUUUCGAAAACACAUAGAUCCUUGCAUCUUCCAGUGACCCUUGAGACUUCAAUAACCAAUCACAACUGUAGGCUACUUCAGAGGUAAAAUUACAAAGACGCUACAACAAUCCAAUAUUCACUCACUAGUUUUUAGUGUUUUAACAAGUCACGUGAUUGACAGUCACUAAAUCAAAGAAUGAUUAUUUCAGACUAGAGUCAUCUUCUAUCAACACCUAGAAAUAUGACGUUUAGUCUGCCAACUGUGAAAAGUAUUUCAAAUUCAUCUUCCUUGCUACCAGCCUUCAUUUUCAAAUUAUUAUCCAGUCGAAAUAAUCUCUCCCAAUCAACACCCGAAAAGAAUCAACCAAUGCAUACACCGCAUACUGAUCCUAAUUAUAAAGAUCAAUUUAUCAGGAAUAACAGUGAUAUAGGCUAUCAACAUAACAAAAAUACUUUAUCAAAUAUGUAUGAUGUGUUGAAUUCCAGUGGAAGUACACCAUACCAAACUGAUGAGGAUAUCGAUCAAAUGAAUUAACAAAUAUUUUGAUGUUUUGAUGAUAUAACUGUACAGAAAUUCAAAUUUUAAAACACUGGCGCCUUGUAAAUAAAAUGGCUAUUUGUUAGACAAUUAAAACAAUUAAAUUGUAUAUAUUAUUGUAUAUAGUGGUAUAUAUAUUGUUUUUGAAUCAAACAAUUAAAAGAGAUUUUCAU